GCUGUGGAUAAAAGGCUUAGGGAAUGCUUUACGUAUAUUAGAGUAAAAUCUCUAGUCUCUUUUCUCCCCCUGUGAAGAUAGAGUCCAGUCAUCUCCAGGAUAGCCAGAAACAGAGAUGAAGGUACACAUGCACACAAAAUUUUGCAUCAUUUGUUUGCUGACAUUUAUCUUUCAUCAGUGCAAUCAUUGCCAUGAAGAUGGACAUGACCAUGAUCCUGAAAAGGAACGUGUACACUACCAUAAUGACUAUCAGAUCUCAAAUGCAUCCUACUUCCAGAAUGCAGGAACAGAAUCUAUGCCGAGUAAAUUUUCAACGUUGGAAGCUGAAAAUGAACAAAAAUACUACAUUGAAAAGAUUUUUGAUCGUUACGGUGAAAAUGGAAGAUUAUCUUUUUUUGGCCUGGAAAAACUGUUAAUAAGCCUUGGUUUAGGAGAGGUAAAAGUAGUGAUGAUAAAUCACGAUGAUAUGGGCCAUGAUCAUGUUUCUCACUUAUAUGCUUUAGAAGUACAGGAAGGAAAGCAUUCUCACUCUCAUAACCAUCCUCAUAGCCACUCAGAUUCAGAAAACCAAACCAUGAUUGGUAUGGCUGCAAAGAGAAAUCAUAAAUGUGACCCUGAGAGAGACACGGUAGUGCCAUCAGUAAAAGAUGAUGGCAAACACGUUCAUGAUCAGAGUCGCCAUCACCAUCAUCACCACCCUCGUCUACAUCAUCAUGACCAUAAUGGUACACAUCAUUCUCGUAAUGAUUCAGUUAGUCACAGUGAACAUGGAGAACAGAACCAUGAACCUUCAACAGAGACAAACACAACUCAGGAUCAGCCAGAAAGAAAACAGCGGAAACAGAAGAAGAAGCAAAAGAAGAUCAGUGAGACUUCAGGAGAUGCUACACGGGAUUAUGCCCCAGAUCGUGAUCCAGGUGAUCAGUAUGAGCACAAUCGUGUUCAUAAACAUGAUCACAUACAUGAUGCAUCUCACUUGCAUGUACACCAUCAUGAACACAGUAGUGAUCGUUCUACUAGUCCUGGACAUCAAGAUUCCAGUUUAGGUAAUGAGGAUGGACACCACCAUACCAGCAAGCGAGAGGCACCUCAUAAGCAGAUUAGCGUAAGAAAGCAUGCUAUUUUUUCAACACGUAGUCAUAAGGAUCAUUAUGAAGAUGAACGUGAUCGUGAAGAGUGCUUAAAUGUUACCCAGCUGCUACGGUACUACGGUCUGGAACCCAGCUCUCCAAUAUCUCCUGAAUUGUUUAUAUACAUGUGUCCUGCUUUGCUAUACCAGAUUGAGAGAAGGCUUUGUAUUGUACAUUAUGAUGAGCUUGAAGAUUUUAUGAAAAGUAAAAAUGCAUCAAUUGAGAAUAAAGAUAAAACAGGUGCAUCAGCUUGGUUUUGUGGUAUCAUCUCUAUCACCGUCAUUAGCCUGCUUUCCUUGCUAGGUGUGAUCUUGAUUCCCAUCAUUAACCAAUGGUGCUUCAAAUUUCUUCUAACUUUCUUGGUAGCUCUGGCUGUAGGAACAAUGAGUGGAGAUGCACUACUCCAUCUGUUGCCACAUUCACAUGGAGGCCACAACCACAGUCACCACCAUGGCCAGGGUCAUGUUCAUGAACACAAGCGGUCUCAUCGGCAUGCCCACGGACAUGGAGUACGGACUGAAGGCUUUCUAGAAGAAAAUGAUCCAGUGCUGAAAGGUCUUGUGGCACUUGGAGGCAUUUAUGUUUUGUUCAUCAUUGAACAUUGUAUAAGAAUGUACAAGCAUUACAAUAAACAAAAGAGUAAGCAGAAAUGGUGCAAGAAAAAACAGACUGAAGAAUCACCAGUUGGAAGGAAACUUUCUGAUCACAAAUUAAAUAAUAGACCAGAUGCUGACUGGCUUCAGCUCAAACCCCUUGCAGGAGCAGACGACUCAGUUUUAUCUGAAGAUCGACUCAAUGAAACUGAACUAACUGAUUUAGAUGGCCAGCUGGAGUCCCCUCCCAAAAACUUCUUGUCCGUAGAAGAGGACAAUAAUAUGCACCAUCCUCACAAUGAUGUCUCACAUGCAGCUCAAGAGCAUGAUCUUCAUGAUUCGGAGUAUGACGGCCAUGGCGAAGAUAAAAUGAUAGCUAGAAAACACAGUCACCACUGGCAUCACAAACAUUCCCAUCAUUCCCAUGGCCACUGUCAUUCUGGAAAAGACCUGAAAGAUACUGGGAUAGCUAAUAUUGCUUGGAUGGUAAUUAUGGGAGAUGGCAUUCACAACUUUAGUGAUGGCUUAGCAAUCGGAGCAGCUUUUAGUGCUGGACUGACAGGAGGAAUUAGUACAUCUAUAGCAGUAUUUUGUCAUGAGCUACCCCAUGAAUUAGGUGACUUUGCUGUGCUUCUUAAAGCAGGUAUGACAGUAAAGCAAGCUAUUGUGUACAACCUCCUGUCUGCCAUGAUGGCUUACAUAGGGAUGCUGAUAGGCACAGCGGUGGGACAGUAUGCUAAUAACAUCACCUUGUGGAUCUUUGCAAUCACUGCAGGCAUGUUCCUCUAUGUGGCAUUGGUUGACAUGCUUCCAGAAAUGCUUCAUGGAGAUGGAGAUAAUGAAGAGCAUGGUUAUUGUCCUGUGGGGCAGUUCAUUCUUCAGAAUCUAGGCCUGCUUCUUGGAUUUGCCAUCAUGCUGGUGAUUGCCCUCUAUGAAGAUAAAAUUGUGCUUGACAUCCAGUUUUGACCUAAUUCUGGUAAUCACUGUGGUUACAGUAAUGUUACUGUAUGGCUUUGAGUCUGCACUGUUUCACUGUAUGCACAUUGCUCAGAGAAAAAGCAGUGGCUUGCACUACUUACACACGUACAGUAUAUUCAUUUCUGUGUAGAUUAACUUCUGCUUUUUUUCUAAUUCAAGUCAGAUGAGAUUACUCAAUGCAUCUUCUAAAUUCAAGUGAUGGACAAUUAGGAAAUACUAAAUACGAGACAUAAAUGCCAAGUUCGGUGUACUAUGUAGGAAGCACUGCUUGCUUAAGAAAGAACAAGUACAGUGAAUGAUCUACUCAUUCGGGAGAAUACCAUUUCAUUAGUACAUUUGAACAGAACCCAGAAAAUGUUACAGCUGAAAUUCAUACCUCUGCAAGGAACCUGAGUAAGCUUUUAGUGCCACGUAAGU